AUGGGCUUAAUGAAUAAUAUAGUAAUAUUAGGGCUAUUAUUGUGGGCAUCGGUGGCUAGUGUCCUGUGCCAACACAAUCUGCCCAAUCAGCCUAUAGUCGACCCCAACCAAGUGGGGGCGUCCACAAGUGUUGACCACUUUAUAGAUUUGGUCGAACGGCUGGAGACACUCGUAUACAACGGCGUGGAUCAGCACAUGAGACAACAUAUGGGCGCCCAUAAUGUGGCAAAACUAUUGCUCAGAAGAUUCCGGUUCGACGGCUACGACAACAUCCAAUACCCAACAUACAAGAAAACACGUGACAAUGACUUCCAGUCAUUUAACAACGCGGUGCUAAACACUAGAGACGGACAGCCCUUGCCCUCCAACUACUACUUUCCCGACCAGUACUACAAAGUGAACGAACUUUGUUCGCUAUACCAUAUGUUGUCGCAUAACAUAUACAACCAAACCAUUGGUAUAAACACUAAUCAGAGUGUCAUCAGAGAGGACGGAGUGGUCAGUCGCCGCGCACACCAAACAGAGGCCAUAGCGUUAGCCCGAGUGCUGUUGGGUGUGAUCGCCGGGCUAUCGCCAAACGCACGGACACAGGCCAGCGAUAUAUUGAAAGCAUGGGGUUCUGCGCAACCCAUGGACCCGGCAUAUGACCAAUUCGUAGACCCGGUGCCCGCCCUGACCCUGGCAGACCUCUGGGCCGUGAAACCAGUAAAGUCUAACCCAUAUGAGAGGUACGCAUACGGCGUGAACGGCCAAUGGGCUACCGGUGCCAACUCUACCGCGUAUUACGGUCUAAAAGACAUUCCCGAUAACAAGUUUGCAAUAAUUGAACCGUACAUACGGGCCACGAGAGGCGAGUUAAGGGCCGGUGUGGACGGGUAUCUGAUUGGCCGCGAACUGCGCCGACUUUACCCACAUUUCAACCCGGGUGACGUGCGGUUGGCAAGCAUUUUGCGCGCCUAUUACGGCGACUGGCACUCACCGUUGAACGUGUCGGUCACCGACCGGUACCGUAUCGUCGAUGCGCUGCCCCUAAUCCAGUCCUACGCCCAGACAUACCAAUCGAUAGCCGCUACACGUCUUGGAGGCAGACUUCCCGUCGAUUUGGACGAAAGAUUCAGUUUAGAGUUACAAAACGCUAUAUACGGCACCUUUAUCUAG